GGCGGCGGCGGCGGCGGCGGCGGCGGAAGAGGGCGGAGGGUAAUGGGAUGGGGGUCUCGCGGCAGCGCUGAAACUCCGGGUGGGCGUCCAUGGCGCUGCUUCGCUGACAGUGCUGAGAGCAGCCUGCCUUCCGCUCUCACCAGCUCCGCGUCCGAAUAACCGGUCCUUCUCCGGGGAGCCAGUUCCUCCUCGGGCCCCUGAGCCAUGCCCAUCGAGGCCGCCCCGGACGAGCCAGGUGUAAAUUAAUUAUUUGAAAGCAAUUGAACAAUGGAGCCAGACAUCAUUCGAAUGUACUCUUCAUCCCCACCACCACUAGACAAUGGAGCUGAGGAUGAGGAUGAGGAUGAAUUUGGGGAAUUUGGUGGGUUUUCCGAAGUUAGCCCUUCUGGUGUAGGGUUUGUUGAUUUUGAUACACCAGAUUAUACUCAUCCCAAGGAAGAGUUUGUACCUUCAAACCAUUUUAUGCCAAUUCAUGAUUUCUCAGAAAAUGUAGAUAGCCUUACAAGCUUUAAGUCCAUCAAAAAUGGUAAUGAUAAGGACAUCACUGCUGAACUUUCUUCUUCUGUGAAAGGACAGUCUGAUAUUUUACUUUCUACCACCAGCAAAGAAAUAAUUUCACCUAAAACUUUAGAUACUUCCAUUGAUGGCAUAGAAAGUCCAAGAGAUUUAAAUAAAGUAGUGGAGCAGAGACAGAAUGUUGGAACACCUGAAAGUUUCUCUCCAGGAGAUUUUAGAACUGAUAUGAAUGUUGUUCAUCAAAACAAGCAGUUAGAGAGCUGCAAUGGUGAAAAGCCUCCUUGUCUGGAGAUUCUAACAAAUGGGUUUGCAGUAUUGGAAACUGUAAAUCCUCAGGGAACAGAUGAUCUGGACACUGUAGCUGAUUCAAAAGGACGAAAGCCUCUUAGCACUCACAGUACUGAGUAUAAUUUAGACUCUGCACCUAGUCCUGCGGAGGAAUUUGCAGAUUUUGCCACAUUUUCCAAAAAAGAAAGGAUACAACUAGAAGAAAUAGGAUGUGCAGUUUUAAAUGAUAGAGAAGCACUUACCAUUCAGGAAAACAAUAAAAUUAAUAGAGUCAAUGAACUGAAUUCUGUAAAAGAAGUGUCCUUGGAUAGAAGCAUUGGUGAUAAAGGAGACAGUGCUGGAGAGGAUCAGGUUUGUGUUUCAGAAAUAAGCAUGGUGAGUAAUGGAGCUUUCACCAGUGAAAAACAAAGCCUUCCAACAUUGCAACAGGAUGAAUUUUUAAAUUCAAGUGUUCAAUCAAAGGCUUGGAGUUUGGUAGACUCAACUGAAAAUUCAGAAGCCAGUAGGAGAGAACAAUGUAAAACUGAGGAAAAACUUGAUUUAUUUACUUCUAAACGUGCUGACCUAUGCAUGGAUUCUACUAAAACUUACGAUGCUGAUGAUGAAGUUGGUUCUUCCAAAGAAGAAAGUAGAAAGUGUACUGAUUCCCGAAGCCUCAGCAUUGAUCCUACAGAAGAAAAUGUUUUGGAUGAUUCUAUGAGUGUAAAAAACGAUGAUAGUAGUAAUGACUUUGUGACUUGCAACGAUACCAAUGAGGAUGAUUUUGGUGACUUUGGCACAGCCAGUGGCACAACUCCACCUUUUGUUACUGGUACACAAGAUUCAAUGAGUGACGUCACUUUUGAAGAGUCCUCAGAGCACUUUCCACAUUUUAGUGAACCAGGUGAUGACUUUGGAGAAUUUGGGGAAUCAAAUGCUGUCUCUUGCCCAGAGGAAAUUACAUUUACUGAGUCAGUUCUAAAACAAACUUCUGAUAGUUUAUCAGAGGGAUGCAGUUUGGCAAGAAAAUCUACUGGGACAGGCACUGAACCUGUUUCAGAACUGAAAAUUGGGCAAGAAGGUGAGUUUGGAGAUUUUGAUUCUGUGCCAAAUAUUCAAGAUGACUGCAGUGAUUUUCAGGACUCUGAUGAUUUUGCGGACUUCAGUUCAGCUGGUCCUAGCCAGGUUGUAGACUGGAAUGCUUUUGAGGAUGGACAGAAAGAUAGCUGCUCUUGGGCUGCUUUUGGAGACCAGCAAGCUACUGAAUCUCAUCAUCGAAAGGAAGCCUGGCAGUCACAUAGGACAGAUGAGAAGACUGAUACUCCAGGAACCCCCAAAACGCACAGUGUCCCUUUAGCAGCUUCCAAAGGAGCAGUUGCUGGUGGUCAUUUACAGGAAACAGCCACUUCAGCUCAGACAGCUUUACUAAACCGCCUGGAGCGAAUUUUCGAAGCAUGUUUUCCUUCCAUAUUUGUCCCUGAUACUGAAGAAGAAGUUACUUCCCUGAAGCACUUGCUGGAAGCAAGCACCUUGCCAAUACAAAGAAGAGAGGCCUUAGCUGAAAGUGGGGAACUGCUGGAUGUGUGGGCUGAGCUACAGGACAUCCAUGAUGCACAUGGCUUGAGAUAUCAGUGGGGUGGCUCCCAUAGCAACAAGAAGCUCUUGUGCUCCUUGGGAAUAGACACCCGAAACAUUCUCUUCACGGGCAAUAAGAAGCAACCUGUUAUAGUGCCCAUGUAUGCAGCAGGAUUGGGUAUGUUAGAGCCCACCAAGGAACCAUUGAAACCACUAUCUGCUGCAGAGAAAAUCGCUUCCAUCGGUCAGACAACCGCUGUGUCACCAGAAAUGAACACAUGUACAUCUGACCAAUUCCAGGAGUCUCUACCACCCGUCCAGUUUGACUGGAGUAGCAGUGGCCUUACUAACCCUUUAGAUGUGUGUGUCUUACCCCUUUUUACACAUAACCCCUCCUCCCUUGGCUUACCUUCUGUGUGGCUGCCUACCAACACGGUCACUGAAUUUCAAGCUAGUGGAGGUUCCACUCUUCUGAACCUUGAUUUCUUUGGGCCCGUGGAUGACAGUAGCUCUAGCAGCAGCACCACAAUCCCAGGUGUGGAUCCAGAGUUGUAUGAGUUAACAACUUCUAAGCUGGAAAUCUCCACCUCAAGCCUCAAAGUGACUGAUGCAUUUGCGAGACUCAUGUCCACAGUAGAGAAGACAAGCACAUCUACCAGGAAACCGAAAAGAGAAGAGCACCUGAGUGAAGAAGCCAUCAAGGUGAUCGCCAGCCUUCCUGACCUGACGUUCAUGCAUGCCAAGGUGUUGAUGUUCCCAACCACCUUGACACCUUCCACAAGCUCCCAAGAGAAGACAGACUGAUAACUGAUGUGAACUGGACGGUUUCAGUUGCUUUUCCUUCCCUCCAGCCCUUCCCCACCAUCAAAAGCAUACCUGCUCUAAUUAAAAAAAAAAAAAUUAAAGUUCAGCUGAUUUGUUGGUAAGCCGCACUAGAAAGGUAUACAUAGUAAUGUAUAUUUAUUUACAUACUGAAGUCCUAAAUUUAUAUUAGAAACAAAUGUAAAUAAUCGGGGUGAACAUUUUUGAAGAUUUAUUCUUUUUGUGUUGCUGGGGUGUAUACAUUUAUGUCUUUGUGAAAUACACUGGUGGUGUCCUUCUUACAAAACUUUUGAAAUAAAAAAAUGAAAACUAAAAAGUCAAAUCUCCACUGUCUGUGAAAUCCCCUUCAGUCUUUUCAGAUUGCAUUGACUGUCCUAUUAAUUUUUCACAUCAUACACUGAAUUACUUUUGCUCUCAUAAAUAAGCUCCAAGUCCCUGUUUAAAUUUUUUUUUUUUUUU